AUGGACGCAAAUGAACUAAAAACCAAAGGUAAUAAAGAAUUUUCCUCGGGUAAUUACAUUGAGGCUAUUAAUCAUUUCUCCAAGGCAAUUCAACUAGACAGCAGCAAUCACGUCUUAUUUAGCAAUCGCUCUGCUUGUUAUGCAGCACUUCACCGCUACAAGGAGGCUUUGGACGAUGCCGACGCUUGUAUUUCCAAUAAACCAGGUUGGGUGAAGGGUUAUGUGCGCCGUGGUGCGGCCCUUCAUGGGUUGCGACGCUACAACGAUGCAAGCGCCGCGUAUCAAAAGGGUUUGGACGUGGAGCCGAGCAACCCCGCUUGCAUUCAAGGCCUUCAAGACGUCACGAAUGCCAGUGCUCGUGAAAUGCAUGAUCCUUUCGCUAAAGCGUUUACCCCUGAGGCUUUCCGAAAAAUUCAGGAGCACAAGAAGCUUUCUCUACUACUACUUCAGCCGGAUUAUCUGAAAAUGAUUGACGCUGUUGUCCGCGAUCCUUCGCAAUCUAAGCUCUAUCUCGAAGAUCAGCGCUUCAUGAUGACAUUUUUAUAUUUAAGUGGAAUGAAGCUUCCUGAUACAGAUGGAGAUUCCGAGGAAACUCACACUACCCAACAACGAACAAAGUCAUCCCCCAAGGAAGAAAAACCCAAAGAAACUACUAAUGAACUAACUGAGGAUAAAAAAGAAGCUCUUCAGCUCAAGGAAGAGGGUAACAAGCUUUAUCUUUCCAAGAAAUUUGAUGAAGCUCUUGAAAAGUAUGUUUCUGCAGCAGCCAAGGAUCCUACGAAUACACUAUAUAUUUUAAAUGCCACCGCUGUUUACUUUGAAAAGGGUGAGUAUGACAAAUGUAUCGAAGAGUGCGAAAAGGGACUCGAACAUGGCCGAGAGAACCGCAGCGAUUACACCAUUAUCUCCAAGCUUCUCACUCGUCAGGCGUUUUGCUAUCAAAAGCAAAAUAAAUACGAUGAGGCCAUCAGUAUGUAUAAAAAGGCCUUGGUGGAGUGGCGAAACCCCGAUACACUUGCCAAGUUAAAUGCAUGUGAAAAGGAACGUGAUAAGGCUAUCGCCGAUGCAUACAUUGAUCCUGAAAUUGCUAAACAGAAAAAGGAUGAGGGCAACGAGUUUUUCAAGAAAGAUAAGUUUCCCGAAGCCGUUUCCGCGUACACAGAAGCUAUUAAGCGAAACCCAACAGAACACACUGCGUACAGUAAUCGAGCUACAGCUUAUAUCAAACUAGGCGCAUUCAAUGAUGCCCUGAAGGAUGCUGAUAAAUGCAUUGAGCUGAAACCUGACUUUAUAAAGGGAUAUUCACGUAAAGGGAAUGCCUACUUCUGGACUAAGCAAUACAACCGCGCUCUUCAGGCCUACGACGAAGGCCUGAAGGUGGAUCCCAACAACACCGAAUGCCGGGAAGGUCGAAUGCGCACCAUGAUGAAAAUUCAGGAAAUGGCGACGGGCCAAUCAUCGGAUGGUGAUGAAGCGGCAAGGCGCGCAAUGAAUGAUCCUGAGAUCGCAGGUAUCAUGCAGGACACUUACAUGCAGGUGAUUCUUCAAGAGAUGCAAAAUGAUCCUUCGCGUAUCCAGGACUACAUGCGGGACCCAUCUAUCUCGACAAAGAUUAACAAGUUGAUAUCUGCUGGUAUUAUUCGUUUUGGUCAGUAA